AUGGAGAAGGCAAUAGGUGCACGUUGGCUGCGCUUCCUGCUGUCAGAAGGAGAAGAGAGGAAGCUGGCAAGGCUACUUCAUUCACGGGGGUUCGCGGUGUCAUUGCCUGCUGCUACACUUUGUCACGAAGAGGAUGGGAUCGUGAUUCGGACAGUCCGGGACUCGACCAGAGUCAUUCUAGGAUCGUACGGGAUCUUGACGUUAAUCGAUGUGGUGGUCAAAGGCAUCGUUCGACGACAAAGCCCCCGCACCAUUCUUAGUACUCUCAAAUCCUCCACAAAUCUGCGUACAUCAUCGUCCUUGGCAGGAUUCCUCGCCCUCUACCGUCUAGUCCACCACACCCUCCUCCGCAUCCACUCAACAACCACACAGCCCUUCGCUCGUCUCCAUACCUCCCCGCCCGUUUCCUCGCUGGUGACAGCGUCUAUCGCAUCCACAGCCCUCAUCCUCUUCCCCGAGGGUCGGAGACGACAAUCGCUCGCGUUAUACAUUCUCUUCAAAGCCCUCGAGACACUCUACGACACACUCCACGCCGCGGGCAAAUUACCUGCGAGGUGGGAUCGUAACGCGAAGAGCUGGUGGUUCAUCCCACCGUCCCUCGCACAUCUCCUCCACGCGUUCAUUUUCUACCCAACGAGUCUCGCACCCACGUUCGAGCGUCUCCUUACGCGGUUGUCGGCACCGUACGUCCCUCCCUCCGCCGUGCAGUAUUUGGGAAAAGUGGCGAAGGGAGGGUAUGGACGGUAUUAUUCACCCACGCUCUACCCCUCCGGACCAUCCAUACUAAACGGACACAUCGACGGCGCACAUCCCGGGCAUACACGGCUUUGGUCAGCACUAACCAGACCCAGCGAAGUCAGCGCAACAAAACACGCUGUCGUGGCGGGGAUUGGGUCGAUAUAUGCGCUCGUCAAGGUGUUUAAUUUGGUUUAUGCCUCUCUCGCACUCAUCCUUCUCCGCAAAUCCCCCAGCGCACCCCCCCCGGCCGUGUUGCUGAAUGUCUUCGCAAAAACCCUCAAGAGUUCCAUGCUCAUCACCGGCGGGCUCACCACAUUCUACUCCCUCGCAGACAUAUUAUCCUCCUCCCUCCCCUCCCGCGCAUUCCCGACAUCCCGGUUCUACGCGCUCGGAUUUCUUGCCGGAUUAUGGGGCCGACAUAUCGAGUCUCGCGCUCUCGGGAUCUACCUCGCGAGAACGGCGACGGAGAGUAUGUGGCGGGUUGGGGUCGAGCGAGGAGUUGUGAAGGGGAGGAGGGGUGGGGAUGUGAUGUUAGUGGCGGUGGGGAUGGGGGUUUUGGGCGCGUGUUAUGAGGCGAACCGAGGAUACGAGGCUGACAAGACCAUCGAGGGUGGGGGGAAGAAGAGGGCUGGGAUGGAGUGGUUGGUUUGUGGGUUGAGGGGGGAUGUAGACAGGAGGGUUAGUAGGAGGAACUCUGGGCAUGUCGUGUUUGAUGCUGAGGCCCCGGCGGCGACGGGAGGACCACCGGCGGAGGACGAGGAGGAAGAGGAGCUGGAUUCGGGGGUUGUUGGGUGCCGUGCUGAGUAA